AUGCCUGAACUCAUUGCAUAUAAGGAUUUCAUUUUCAAUGUGGCGUCGAACAAAAUUCUUACAUCCCUGCCAUCCUCUCACAAGAUCAGCCAAAGGUUAUCUGCAGAAGCUUAUAAUAUGAUCUUUGUGAUCGAAUGGAAUCCACCAUCUUUUCUCAACGAGCAAGGGUAUAAAGAGGAGUCAGGUGAGGCAGUUGAAAGAGCCAUCACACUUACAGGAUCAGCCGAAGAUGCACAGGCUUUGGCAUGCGCACAAUACUUGUGCCAGACCUGGCCCUCAACUGGUGGGUAUAUUAUUCAGCUGGUCAAGGAUGUAGUCCGCGCUGGACAUGGCAGCCGACAAAUAUGCAACACAGGAGACUCGGUGGCCGAGGUCGGUGAACAGCUUGCAUGGCUUGGUGCUGCUCUACGGUCUUCUCCAUAUGAAUAUGGAGUUGCCUGCUGCAUGCCAGUUAUUGGGAGGCCGCCUUGGCCCGAUCUCAUUUGCAAGAUUGAUUAUACCUUGCAGGAAAGGGAGAAGCAGUAUACACCUUCUAAUGCUCAAUGCUGGCACAACUUGUUCAGGAAUCAUGUUGUCGUCACAGGCUACCCAAUUCCAUGGAGAUCUGAGACCACUACAGGUUUGGAGAUCCCACUGAAUAUGAUGGCAGGAUUGGCUCAAAGCAAAGGUGUCAAUAGUUUCAACAAAAAGCUCUUUAUCAAAGAGUUUUCGAUAAUGUUAAUCCUAACAAGACAAAGUGGCCACAUGGUCCUUUGGCAUUUGAUUUACAACAUGGACAGAAGCCGCAUUCCAUACAUCCAGCAUGUAGUACCUCAUUUGGAGAAUAUAAGCAUCUUUGACUUGGAAAGGGCUCGACAUAUGCUUGGUUGGUGUUCGGAAGCUAGAUACAACGCUGGGUCUGCAGACGCUAAUUAUUUAAUUAAACCGUCGCGGCGCCCAAGACCCCCCGAAGGCUGCACAUAUAAUGAGGUCCGCAUAUUUAAGGGAUACGUCAUUAUCGGCAGCGCAUUCAGCAUAGGCCACAAAGACACAGCUAUCCAUAUAGUACGGAAUGGGUAUAUAGAAAAGCUCAAGUCCAUCCGUCGGAGAUUCUUUGUGCUUUGGGACGAAGAAGACAAACGAGGAUGGCUUGUCAAUGGGACUAGUGUUCUCUUACACCUACUUCGUGCGUCUCUGAAGCUCGACAGCAUGGAUGAAGUCAGCACUGAAUUUCUUUUCAAUCCAGAGGAUAUGCAAGAGGCACCCGAAACUCAUAAAGCUUCUUCCGCCAUCGAGGUUCUCGUGACUUGGCAUAACAGGAAGCUCCCGAUAUAUCUGGAACAAGAAGGAUUAUGGAAUUAUGAGGUCAGCUUCGCCACGCAAGACAACGUAAACUUGUCCAGAACACGGAAACACCUUGAAAGCUGGGAUUUUAAUGACUUGGCUAAUAGUGGCGACAUCUUUCAUCCUCGAGUUGCCACGCUUGAAACAAUCGGCAAAGGAUGGGUCGAUUUCACUAGAGCUAUCCACGCAAUUACAUUGUUUGGUCGACGAUAUAGCGAGGUUAUCCAGCCUAUCAGUACUGGCUCCUGUACCAAAUGGGCAGAACUGCCAAAGGGCAUGUACUAUCUCGCCGCCUCUAUUCAGGACCUCAAAGAGAUCAUGGACAUGGAUGGUGACUCAGAAGCAAGCCCGAUAGUAUUAACACAUAACGUCAUUUGGCACAAUCCAGACGUCUUUGCAACCUGCCAAUGCGAAGUGGAUGGGCAAGACAAGCAUUCAGACCCUGUUCAGGUCCUUCUGCCUUCCGGGCUUAAGACUGGCGUGCUCAACAAUGAUCAAAACUUUAGAUGGUUCUGGAAAGAUACUAGAUAUCCCCAAGUAGGAGAGCCAUGGUCGCCAACGGAGGCAUCCGAGAUCGGAUUCCGUGACAGUGGGAUUGGUUCAGCAACUUCAGGCUCUCAACACGCAUCAAGUGAAGGUAGAGAGACCCUUACUUGUGAGAGCUACACAGCUGGAAUAAUAUGUGCUUUGCAGAAAGAGCUGCUAGCGGUCCGCAUACUAUUUGAUGACAAACACGAAGAUUUAGAGAGGUCUGUGCGAGACACGAAUCAUUAUGCACUGGGUCGAAUUGCGUAUCAUCACGUUGUUGCUGCAUGCCUGCCAUCAGGCGAAUACGGUACAAAUGCCGCUGCUGAUGUUGUUUGCCAUUUGACCAGAAGCUUUCCAGAGCUCAAAUUCUGCCUUUUUUUCGGGAUAGGGGGCGGAGUGCCCUCAAGACACAAUGAUAUCCGACUCGGUGAUGCUGUCGUUAGCCAUCCAACUGACAUCCAUCCAGGGGUUAUUCAAUACGAUCGUGGCAAAACGACGGAGGAAAACAGGUUUGUGCGAACGGGAUCGCCACAGCGUCCUCCACGUUUCCUGAUGCUAGCUAUAACACGAUUUCAAGGGUAUCAUCCUGGAGUCAAGCAUGACAAGCCUUUUGCCCAGUGCAAUGGUCGACGUGUUCGAAGAGCACGCCGUUCCGGGAUUCACCCACUUAUCCACUAUGGUCUGAUUGAUUCUGGAAAUAAGGUUAUUAAGGAUGCGGAAACUAGGGAUCAUCUGGGUGCAAAGUAUAACAUCCUCUGCUUUGAAAUGGAAGCAGCUAGCAUUAUGAAUGCCGUUCCGAGUCUUGUUAUUCGAGGACUACGCGGAUUCCCAUAAGAACGAGUUGUGGCAGGAGCGCUACAGCUGCGGCAUACGAUAAAAUGCUGCUUUCCAUCGCAUGAAACUGGAGCGACUUCCAGAAAUCCCACAGAGCCCUAAGGCGGAACAAUCCACUACAUCCACGGUGGCGGCAUGAUAAUGGGCAAUCGGUUCUGCAACCUCAGCGGUAUGCUCGAAUUUGUCCGCCACUGGGUAGGAUGAUAUAUGUAUAGGUAUCGACUACAGACUAGCCCCACAGCAGUUCUUCCCCUGCCCCGGUCUCU